AUGACACAAAUCAUUACGGAUAAUUUGCGUCCAAGCGUACCAUCUGCCGCCCCGAAAAGUCAGCGCGUAUGCCGUCACUUUGCUCGAGGCCGCUGCACGUGGGGAUCGUCUUGCCGCUUCUCCCACGAUGCUGAGCGUGUUGUCGUUGAUGAGUCCCAAAUCGGCCAGAACUUUAUUGGGCCUCAACAGCUACAGUUGCAGAAGGAGCGCCACGUUAUACUGAAGGCAGCUUUGAACGGAGAGUUCGAGAUAAAACCGUACAGCGUGGCUGAAGGGUAUCAGAGGCACAUAGUUCACCUCCGUUUUUCAUCGUCGACGAUUCUUCUUCCACGGUUAUUGACGGAGGAGGCGCUUCAGCAGCAGCUUAUAGAACUGGGGGACAAUGAGCAGCUUCGCAUUGGUGGUCUUCUCUUCCUGGUGGGUGAACCCGCUGUGUUUUGGUCCAUGAUGCAGAACUACUGUCUGCGCGGGACAACAACAAGCUCCAAGUGGGACACGUUGCUGGCAAACGCAAAGCGUGGCUACGUGGAGUGUAUGUUCUUCCGCUCAGCAGUGGGAUGCUUGAGUAGCGAGUGCCCCUUUUCCCACACCACUCCCCCAGCUGUUACAUUGGCCACACCACUGCAAAACAUGGCGACAAACAACGCACUUCUGACUCCACUGUUGGGCUUUGGUAUGGCAACAACAGCAACUGCGGUAAACACCACGUCACCGGCAGUGGCUUCGGUGGCCAAAACGCACACGAACGGUCUUUGCCAGACCACAGAAUCUGCGAGGCAAGUCAGCGUCCCAUCACUGACGGUAAAAGCGGAUGAGUCCGUGGCUUUCCGCGACACCGUGUGGGGGGCCUGUGGCAUUCCAGAGCUCAAGACUACCCCAGAGGCGCAGGAGGACCUUUCCUUCAUCUGGGGCGGCGGGGUGAGAAGUGUGCCGGAGUUUGAAUGGUAA